UUUUACUCAACCUCCAUUUCCAAGCUAACAAACUUUUUUCCCUCUCGUUCUCCACAAACCAGAGAGAGAAGAGGAAAUAGGGUCCAAAACUCACUCUUCAUUUUGCUAACUUACGCAUCAGCUAUUCUACGCACCUUUCCAUUCGCCUUUUCUCUCUCUAGGUGUUCUUUUUUUCUCUCACUAAAACCUCUGCAAUGAGGGGGAGACUCGUGGCUUUCUUCUUCAUUUGCGAUCUCUUCGUAUUCUUCACUUCCGUCGCCACCAUUGAAACCGAUUCCGAGUCGGCGGCCGAGAUCAAUGUCACUGCCUCCAAGUCCAAUGCCUCAGACCCGAGAUCCAAAGAGGAUAGUUUCGCCGACAUGAUCGAUCGCGCUCUUGAGAAGGAGUUCAAUGACACUGACCAAAAUGAAGCCACUGAUCCUGGUAGUUUCAACAAUAGUGUUGCGGGGAAGCAGGCUGUCUUGGAAACUGUUGCUAGAGUUAAGCCCAAGAAAAAUGAAUCCAAGGAAGAGAAGUCAUUUCAGCUCCAUGAUGUUUUCCAUUUGGAUAAUGAAAAUCGAGGAGAAGAUGCACCGACCUUAAUAGAUCAAAAUGACAAUGUCUUUAUAAUAUCCAACCCAAAGUCGAAGUAUCCUGUUCUACAACUAGACUUAAGAUUGAUAUCAGAUCUGGUAGUUGUCAUUGUCUCUGCAACAUGUGGUGGCAUUGCUUUUGCUUGUGCUGGACAACCGGUUAUUACUGGAUAUCUACUCGCAGGAUCUAUUAUUGGGCCUGGUGGGUUUAGCUUUGUUGGGGAAAUGGUGCAGGUUGAAACAGUGGCUCAAUUUGGUGUAAUCUUUCUUCUUUUUGCAUUAGGCUUGGAGUUUUCUACAACAAAGCUUCGCGUAGUUCGAGCAGUCGCUGUUCUUGGAGGUCUUCUUCAAAUUUUUCUAUUCAUGUGCUUGUGUGGUAUAACCGUCUCGUUAUGUGGAGGUAAACCUUCAGAGGGGGUAUUUGUUGGUGCAUUCCUGUCUAUGUCUUCUACAGCAGUGGUUUUGAAAUUUUUGAUGGAAAGAAAUAGUAUAAGUGCCCUUCAUGGUCAGGUUACAAUUGGAACUCUCAUCCUUCAGGACUGUGCUGUGGGUUUGUUGUUUGCUUUACUUCCAGUUCUAGGUGGCAGUUCUGGCAUCCUUCAAGGAGUAUUAUCCAUGACUAAAUCUUUGGUGGUGUUGAUUACAUUUCUGGCCAUUUUGACAAUAUUAUCUAGGACUUGUGUGCCCUGGUUUCUUAAGCUCAUGAUAAGCCUAUCAUCACAGACUAAUGAGCUAUAUCAGUUGGCAUCGGUGGCAUUUUGCUUGCUUGUUGCUUGGUGUAGUGAUAAGCUGGGUUUAAGCCUUGAGCUGGGUUCUUUUGCUGCGGGAGUGAUGAUAUCAACCACUGAUCUGGGUCAGCAUACACUUGAACAAGUUGAGCCCAUUCGCAAUUUCUUUGCUGCUCUUUUCCUUGCCAGCAUUGGGAUGCUAAUUCAUGUGCAUUUCCUUUGGAAUCAUGUUGAUAUAUUGCUGGCAGCUGUAAUAUUGGUGAUUGUUAUUAAAACAAUAGUAGUUGCUGCAGUUGUCAAGGGAUUUAGAUACAGCAACAAAACUUCGCUUCUUGUUGGGAUGUCUUUGGCUCAAAUUGGGGAAUUUGCUUUUGUUCUUUUGAGUCGUGCUUCUAAUCUUCAUCUAGUUGAGGGCAAACUUUACCUGCUACUUCUGGGCACAACAGCUCUUAGUUUGGUCACUACUCCAUUGCUUUUCAAGCUGAUUCCAGCUGUUGUUCAUCUUGGUGUGCUCUUGCGGUGGUUCCCCCCUGAUGGUCCUAGCGAGAUUGGUUUUAAAGGAGAUAGCCUUCGCGCAGACAGUGCUAAGCGUAUUACGUUGAUGGUCCAAGGCUCUCAUGAUUCAUGAUAUUAAAUAAAACAUGAACCAGAAAAAUGCAAAUUUCAAGCCUUUACCUGAUGGGGUUCUUAUACUCUGGAGGACAGGUGCUUAAAAGUGCAAAGGAAGUUGACUGAGUGAACCGGUUCUUUUCCAUUGCAAAGCUCGUCAUGUGUUUGCCCACUGCCAAUGUGAAUUUCUAACCAAGCAAGACUGUACAAAUAACAGCCAGCCCCGAGAUAUGAACAGCAAUAUAUAUAUGAUCAUCAUGCCGACACAUUCUAAUAUUGGUUCAGGUCAUCACAUUUAAACUUUCCCAGAUGACCUUUGUAAUAUAGCGUCAAUUUUGUAAUGUAAUUCAUUUCAAUUUUUUUUUGCCCUUUUCCCCACUUACAAUUGAUUGGUUUAUUUGUUUUAUUUCAGUUUUUUGUUAUUCUGGGUGAAGAAGUAGCCAGGUUAAAAAUUGCAAGUGUAUCCAUUUAUGCUUUUGUUCCUGUAGAUACAUCAUACCUUGUAAACUAAAAUUUUGUUUCGCAUAUUAAAAUUCUUUGACGAGGCUUGUAA